AUGGCACAGACACUGCUGGUACCCCCAGGACCCGAAAGCUUCCGCCUUUUUACUAGAGAAUCUCUUGCUGCUAUCGAAAAACGUGCUGCAGAAGAGAAAGCCAAGAAGCCCAAAAAAGAACAAGACGAUGAUGAGAACAAACCAAAGCCCAACAGUGACUUGGAAGCUGGGAAGAACCUUCCAUUUAUUUAUGGAGACAUUCCCCCAGAGAUGGUGUCAGAGCCCCUGGAGGACCUGGACCCCUACUACAUCAAUAAGAAAACUUUUAUAGUAUUGAAUAAAGGGAAGGCAAUUUUCCGAUUCAGUGCCACCUCUGCCUUGUAUAUUUUAACUCCACUAAACCCCGUUAGGAAAAUUGCUAUUAAGAUUUUGGUACAUUCUUUAUUCAGCAUGCUUAUCAUGUGCACUAUUUUGACCAACUGUGUAUUUAUGACCUUGAGUAACCCUCCAGACUGGACAAAGAAUGUAGAGUACACAUUCACGGGAAUCUAUACCUUUGAGUCACUUAUAAAAAUCUUGGCAAGAGGGUUUUGCUUAGAAGAUUUUACAUUCCUUCGUGACCCAUGGAACUGGCUGGAUUUCAGUGUCAUUGUGAUGGCGUAUGUAACAGAAUUUGUAAGCCUAGGCAAUGUUUCAGCCCUUCGAACUUUCAGAGUCUUGCGAGCUCUGAAAACUAUUUCUGUAAUUCCAGGUUUAAAGACCAUUGUGGGGGCCCUGAUCCAGUCGGUGAAGAAGCUCUCUGACGUCAUGAUCCUGACUGUGUUCUGUCUGAGCGUGUUUGCGCUGAUUGGGCUGCAGCUGUUUAUGGGCAACCUGAGGAAUAAAUGUUUACAAUGGCCCCCAAACGAUUCUGCUUUUGAAACCAACACCACUUCCUACUUUAAUGGCACAACGGAUUCAAAUGGGACAUUUGUCAAUAUAACAUUGAGAACAUUUAACUGGAAGGAUUACAUUGGAGAUGAGAGUCACUUUUAUGUUUUGGAAGGACAAAAUGACCCUUUACUCUGUGGAAAUGGCUCAGAUGCAGGCCAGUGUCCAGAAGGGUACAUCUGUGUGAAGGCUGGUCGAAACCCCAACUAUGGCUACACAAGCUUUGACACCUUUAGCUGGGCUUUCUUGUCUCUAUUUCGACUCAUGACUCAAGACUAUUGGGAAAAUCUUUACCAGUUGACGUUACGUGCUGCUGGAAAAACGUACAUGAUAUUUUUUGUCCUGGUUAUUUUCUUGGGUUCUUUUUAUUUGGUGAAUCUAAUCCUGGCUGUGGUGGCCAUGGCCUAUGAGGAGCAGAACCAGGCCACCUUGGAAGAGGCAGAACAGAAAGAGGCUGAAUUUCAGCAGAUGCUUGAACAGCUCAAAAAGCAACAGGAAGAAGCUCAGGCAGUUGCGGCAGCAUCAGCUGCGUCAAGAGAUUUCAGUGGAAUGGGCGGGUUAGGAGAACUCUUGGAAAGUUCUUCAGAAGCAUCGAAGUUAAGCUCCAAAAGUGCUAAGGAGUGGAGGAACCGGAGGAAGAAAAGAAGACAGAGGGAACAUCUGGAAGGAACCCACAAAGGAGAAGGAGACAGGUUUCCCAAAUCUGAAUCUGAAGACAGCGUCAGAAGGAGAAGCUUCCUUUUCUCCAUGGAUGGGAACCGACUGAGUGGCGACAAGAAAUUCUGCUCUCCUCAUCAGUCUCUGUUGAGCAUCCGUGGCUCCCUGUUCUCCCCAAGACGCAAUAGCAAAACAAGCAUUUUCAGCUUCAGAGGCCGAGCAAAGGAUGUGGGAUCCGAAAACGACUUUGCUGAUGACGAGCACAGCACCUUUGAAGACAGCGAAAGCAGGAGAGACUCACUGUUUGUGCCGCACAGACAAGGAGAGCGACGCAACAGUAACGUUAGUCAGGCCAGUAUGUCAUCCAGGAUGGUGCCAGGGCUUCCAGCCAAUGGGAAGAUGCACAGCUCUGUGGAUUGCAAUGGUGUGGUUUCCUUGGUGGGUGGACCUUCAGCUCUCACGCCACCUUCUGGACGACUUGGUUUGCAGGGUACCACCACGGAAACAGAUAUCAGAAAGAGAAGGCUAAGUUCUUACCAGAUUUCAAUGGAGAUGCUGGAGGAUUCCUCGGGAAGGCAAAGAGCCAUGAGCAUAGCCAGCAUUCUGACCAACACAAUGGAGGAACUUGAAGAAUCUAGACAGAAAUGUCCACCAUGCUGGUAUAGAUUUGCCAAUGUGUUCUUGAUCUGGGACUGCUGUGAUGCAUGGUUAAAAAUAAAACAUCUUGUGAAUUUAAUUGUUAUGGAUCCAUUUGUUGAUCUUGCCAUCACUAUUUGCAUUGUUUUAAAUACCCUCUUUAUGGCCAUGGAGCACUACCCCAUGACUCAGCAAUUCAGUAGUGUAUUGACUGUAGGAAACCUGGUCUUCACUGGGAUCUUCACAGCAGAAAUGGUUCUCAAGAUCAUUGCUAUGGAUCCCUACUACUAUUUCCAAGAGGGCUGGAAUAUCUUUGAUGGAAUUAUUGUCAGCCUGAGUUUAAUGGAGCUUGGUUUAUCAAAUGUGGAAGGACUGUCCGUACUGCGAUCUUUCAGACUGCUUCGAGUUUUCAAGUUGGCAAAAUCCUGGCCUACACUAAAUAUGCUAAUUAAGAUCAUUGGCAAUUCAGUGGGAGCUCUGGGAAACCUCACGCUGGUGUUGGCCAUCAUCGUCUUUAUUUUUGCCGUGGUUCUGAACCUCUUUCUGGCCUUAUUAUUGAGUUCAUUUAGCUCAGACAACCUUGCUGCUACUGAUGACGAUAAUGAAAUGAACAAUCUCCAGAUUGCAGUAGGAAGAAUGCAAAAGGGAAUCGAUUAUGUGAAAAAUAAGAUGCGGGAGUGUUUCCAAAGAGCCUUCUUCAGAAAGCCAAAAGUUAUAGAGAUCCAUGAAGGCAACAAAAUAGACAGCUGCAUGUCCAACAAUACCGGAAUUGAAAUAAGCAAAGAACUUAACUAUCUUAAAGAUGGGAAUGGAACCACCAGUGGUGUAGGUACUGGAAGCAGUGUUGAAAAAUAUGUAAUUGAUGAAAAUGAUUAUAUGUCAUUCAUAAACAACCCCAGCCUCACUGUAACAGUGCCAAUUGCUGUUGGGGAGUCCGACUUUGAAAACUUAAAUACUGAAGAGUUCAGCAGUGAGUCAGAGCUAGAAGAAAGCAAAGAGAAAUUAAAUGCAACCAGCUCAUCGGAAGGCAGCACAGUUGAUGUUGCUCCACCCAGAGAAGGUGAACAGGCUGAAAUCGAACCCGAGGAAGAUCUUAAACCAGAAGCUUGUUUUACUGAAGGAUGUAUUAAAAAGUUUCCAUUCUGUCAAGUAAGUACAGAAGAAGGCAAAGGGAAGAUCUGGUGGAAUCUUCGGAAAACCUGCUACAGUAUUGUUGAACACAACUGGUUUGAGACUUUCAUCGUCUUCAUGAUUCUUCUCAGUAGCGGUGCUUUGGCAUUUGAAGAUAUAUACAUUGAACAACGAAAGACUAUCAAAACCAUGCUAGAAUAUGCCGACAAGGUCUUCACCUACAUAUUUAUUCUGGAAAUGCUUCUCAAAUGGGUAGCUUAUGGAUUUCAAACAUACUUCACCAAUGCCUGGUGCUGGCUAGAUUUCCUGAUUGUUGAUGUUUCUUUGGUUAGCUUGGUAGCCAAUGCUCUUGGCUACUCAGAACUUGGUGCCAUCAAAUCCCUACGGACACUAAGAGCUUUAAGACCUCUAAGAGCCUUAUCCAGGUUUGAAGGCAUGAGGGUGGUGGUGAACGCUCUGGUGGGAGCGAUUCCCUCCAUCAUGAAUGUGCUGUUGGUUUGUCUCAUCUUCUGGCUAAUUUUUAGCAUCAUGGGUGUGAAUCUGUUUGCUGGGAAGUUCUACCACUGUGUUAACAUGACGACGGGUAGCAUGUUUAAAGUGAGUGAAGUCAACAAUUUGAGCGACUGUCAGGCUCUUGGCAAGCAAGCUCGGUGGAAAAACGUGAAAGUGAAUUUUGAUAAUGUUGGUGCUGGCUACCUCGCGUUGCUUCAAGUGGCCACAUUUAAAGGCUGGAUGGAUAUUAUGUAUGCAGCUGUUGAUUCACGAGAUGUUAAACUUCAGCCUGAAUAUGAAGAAAAUCUGUACAUGUAUUUAUACUUUGUCAUCUUUAUCAUCUUUGGGUCCUUCUUCACCCUGAAUCUGUUCAUUGGUGUCAUCAUAGAUAACUUCAACCAGCAGAAAAAGAAGUUUGGAGGUCAAGACAUUUUUAUGACAGAGGAACAGAAAAAAUAUUACAAUGCAAUGAAGAAACUUGGAUCAAAGAAACCUCAGAAACCCAUACCUCGGCCAGGAAACAAGUUCCAGGGAAUGGUCUUCGAUUUUGUAACCAGACAGGUGUUUGAUAUCAGCAUCAUGAUCCUCAUCUGUCUCAACAUGGUCACCAUGAUGGUGGAAACUGAUGACCAGGGCAAUGAUAUGACCGUAGUUUUAUCCCGGAUCAACCUCGUGUUCAUAGUCCUGUUCACUGGAGAAUUUGUGCUAAAGCUUAUAUCCCUCAGAUACUACUACUUCACUAUAGGCUGGAACAUCUUUGAUUUUGUGGUAGUGAUUCUCUCCAUUGUAGGUAUGUUUCUAGCUGAGAUGAUAGAAAAAUAUUUUGUGUCCCCCACCCUGUUCCGUGUGAUCCGUCUUGCCAGGAUUGGCCGAAUCCUCCGUCUGAUCAAAGGAGCAAAGGGGAUCCGCACGCUGCUCUUUGCUUUGAUGAUGUCGCUCCCUGCCCUGUUCAACAUCGGCCUCCUGCUCUUCCUGGUCAUGUUCAUCUAUGCCAUCUUUGGAAUGUCCAACUUUGCCUAUGUUAAGAAGGAAGCUGGAAUUGAUGACAUGUUCAACUUUGAGACCUUUGGCAACAGCAUGAUCUGCCUUUUCCAAAUUACCACCUCUGCUGGCUGGGAUGGAUUGCUAGCCCCUAUUCUUAACAGUGCACCACCUGACUGUGACCCUGACGCAAUUCACCCUGGAAGCUCAGUGAAGGGGGACUGCGGGAACCCAUCUGUUGGGAUUUUCUUCUUUGUCAGUUACAUCAUCAUAUCAUUUCUGGUUGUGGUGAACAUGUACAUCGCCGUCAUCCUGGAGAACUUCAGUGUUGCUACUGAAGAAAGUGCAGAGCCCCUGAGCGAGGAUGACUUUGAGAUGUUCUACGAGGUCUGGGAGAAGUUUGAUCCCGAUGCGACCCAGUUUAUAGAGUUCUCCAAACUGUCUGAUUUUGCAGCUGCUCUGGAUCCUCCUCUUCUCAUAGCAAAACCAAACAAAGUCCAGCUCAUUGCCAUGGAUCUGCCCAUGGUCAGUGGCGACCGGAUCCACUGCCUCGAUAUUUUAUUUGCCUUUACAAAGCGUGUUUUGGGUGAGAGUGGAGAGAUGGAUGCCCUUCGAAUACAGAUGGAAGACCGGUUCAUGGCAUCAAACCCCUCCAAAGUCUCUUAUGAGCCCAUUACAACCACAUUAAAACGCAAACAAGAAGAGGUGUCUGCUGCUAUCAUUCAGCGAAAUUUCAGAUGUUAUCUUUUAAAGCAAAGAUUAAAAAAGCUAAUAAAUAAAUAUGAUAAAGAGACAAUCAAAGGGAGGAUUGACUUACCUCUAAAGCCAGACAUGAUUAUUGACAAAUUAAAUGGUAACUCUACCCCAGAAAAAACAGAUGGAAGCUCCUCAACCACGUCUCCUCCUUCCUAUGAUAGUGUAACAAAGCCAGACAAAGAAAAGUUUGAGAAAGACAAACCAGAAAAGGAAAGCAAAGAGAUAGAGGUCAGCGAAAAUCAAAAGUAAAAAGAAACCAAGAAUUAUCUUUGUAAUCAAUUGUUUACAGCCUACGAAGGUAAAAUGUUCGUGUCAACUGGACUUCGAGAGGAGGUCCACGCCAAACUGACUGUUUAACAAAUACUCAUGGUCAGUGCCUAUCCAAGACAGUGACCUCUCUGUCACUGCAACUCUGUGAGACAGGGUAUCAACAUUGACAAGAGGUUGCUGUUUUAUUACCAGCUGACACUGCUGAGAAGAAGCUCAAUGGCUACCUAGAUUAGAGGGACAGUUGUGCAAAGUGAUCACUGUAACUACACCAAACACCUUUCGGGCAGUACUUGCAUCCAUUCUAUUUUUAACUUCCACAUCGGCCAUAUUUUUACAAAAUUUGUUCUAGUGGAUUCCCAUGGUCCCUAAUUCAUAGUUUAUUCAUAAUACUAUGUUACUAUUUUUGUAAAUGAGGUUUACGUUGAGGAAAAAGUGUAUAAGAACCCUGUGGUCCAAUUUGACAAGUCUCUCAAUCAGACAAAAGUGUUUUAACUGAGAGAUAAAAGUCGUGCUCAAAACCAGUAAAAAAAUUCUUAUGUCUACAAUUUCAAUUAUUUCCACUUUCUAGAUGACUUUGAUUUUGAAAGUGUUUAGUCUGUUACGUUUGUUUCUAUCUGAGCAGUUAGUGCCUGUAAAGUCUCUUCUGAUAGUUAAAGGAUUAUUUUUAUGCAAAGUAUUCUGUUUCAGCAAUUGCAAAUUUUAUUCUAAGUUCCAGAGCUCUAUAUUUAAUUUUGGUUCAAUGCUUUCCAAAAAUGUAAUCUAAUAAAUCUGUUCUAGAAAAGUCUAUCUAACCUAUCACUUUAGAAUAGUUGUUCCACUUUCUGCUGCAGUAUUGCUUUGCCGUCUUCUGCUCUCAGCAAAGCUGACAGUUUAUGUCAAUUAAAUAUCCUCUGUUAUGUAAAUAGUUAUUUUAUCCUGUGGUGCAUGUUUGGGCAAAUACAUAUAUCUAGCCUGAUAAACAACUUCUAUUAAAUCAAAUAUGUACCACAGUGUAUGUGUCUUUUGCGAGCUUCCAACAGGGAUGUAUCCUGUCCCAUUCAUUAAACAUAACUAGUUUGAAGGCUAUCACUAAUGCAUGUUAAUAUUGCCUAUGCUGCUCUAUUUUACUCAAUCCGGUCUUCACAAGUCUUGGUUAGAAAAGAUCACAUGUUGGUGACAGAAUGAAUUCAACAAGCUCUCUGUCCAUUAUGUCCAACAGAACAGUUUGAAGUUACUUAAAAACAUCUUCACUUUUGCAUUUUUAAUUCAACUCGAGUAUCACCUGGUAUCUCUCUCAAAGAAACACACUGCAUACCGCCUGUUGUCAAAACCUCUACUUCACAUUUUGCUAAAUUAUGUCUCAAACUUGUUUAAAUAUAAAUAAUGUAAAAAUACGAUCAAUUUUAUUUGUCAGCAUUUUGUACAUAAGAAAAUUAUUUUCAGGUUGAGGACAUGGCAACUUAUUUUACUUUAUGCUUUUGCUUUUUAUUUUUAAUCACAAUUCCAAACUUUUGAAUCCAUAAGACUUUUCAAUGGGUAAUUUCCUAAAAUAAAAUUUAGACACUGGAUUUUGUGGAUUUCUUUGUUACGAUAUUACUUUUUACCAUUUUAAUAAGAGAUGCGUUGGUCAAAAAAAUCAAACCCAGAUCAUUUUCUACCAACUGUGGUUGCCUCACUAUAACCCUUUAUUCAUGGAAGUUUUUUUAAUUCAACUUUUAUAGUAUUUACGUAUGCAGACUAGUCUUAUUUUUUUAAUUCCUACUGCACUAAAGCUAUUACAGGUAAAACAUGGGCUCUGUUCUUUUUAGCCAUGAACAAAGUGGCAAAGUUGUGCAACUAACUAACAUAAUUUUUUUGUUUUUGCACAAACCAAAAGUUCAAUGUUAAUUCCUUUUACAAAACUAUUUACUAUAGUGUAUUGAUGAAGUGCAUGCAGGGAAUUGCUAUUACUAAAAAGAAUGGUGAGCUACGUCAUUAUUGAACCAAAAGAAUAAAUAUUUCAUUUUUUAUUGUAUUUCAUGUAUUGGCCUCUGACUUUUUUAUUGUUGGCAGUUUAAAAUAAUAUGACUAAUAAGACCUGUGCGUAAUCUGACACUUGCAUUCAUAAAAGUUCACAGGAAGUUUAUAACAAUCCAGUGCGGGAUCCACCAAGCAGGACUACAGCUACAGAAUAAAGUCUAAUGCAAAGCAGUUUUUGUGAACUUCUGUGUAUGCAAAGAAUCCAGUCUACGUGUUUUAAUUUUCUGAUUUGAUAAUAGUAAUAACCCCCUAAAAUGGCUAUUAAUUCCAUUUAAUUCCCUUGGCUAUAAGCAUUCAAAUCUCAACUCCUCUUGAUAUAAUUGAUGCUGUCUCCUGAUUUCUUGGUGGCUAACACAUGCUACAUUCUUUGUUACUUAAAUACAUUCCAUGAAUUACUACUUAUAUGUAAAGGUAAUGAUGGUAUAGUAAUUGAGAAUUUAUAUUAACUUUUUCAGGGUCCCUUGAAUUUAUGUGAGGUCAAAACCAAACUUUUAUUCUCAGUGGAAAACUCCAUUUGUAAUGCAUAUUGGUAAAGAAAACUUGGAUCUAAAUAUAUAUUUCAUAAUUUCCCUAGAAGAAAU